AUGAAAAAUAGUGUAGGAUUGAGUUGCUGUUCAAUAUAUUCGAAGCCUUUAGAUUAUGAAGGAAAUAAAAUAAAAAUAAUAGAAAGCAUAAAACAAUGUAAAAAAUUAAAUUGUAAUAUAAGAAUAGGAGGUGAAUUAGAAAUAACUGGAGUAAAUUGUAAAAAUAGUUUUAAAGGAAUUGAAGACAUCCAUGAAAAUUGUUGGUUAACAUUAAGUAAUAUAUUAAAGGAAAAACAUGAAGAUAGUAAUAUAACGGAAAAUAUAUUAUGUUUUAUUAGUAUGCCUAUUUAUUUUAAAAAAAAAUUAUAUAGUUCUGAAAUAAUUAUAUAUAACAAUCAAAUUAUUUAUAUAUCUCCUAAGGAAAAUGUUGAAAAUAAUGAACAGUCGAUGUAUUUUUCGCCAUAUCUUGGAUUAGGCCAUGAAGAAGAUAUUGAAAAAAAAAAUGAAAAAAAAAAUACAAUUAUUUUUUCAAACAGCAAUGUUAAUAUAAUUUCUAACCAUUUUGAAAUAUUUCCAUUGCCUAAAUGUAUCCAAAAUGUAACACAACAAAAAGAAACAUAUAUAGGAAAAUGUAUAAUAGAAUAUGAAGGGGUAUCAAUAGCACACACUUUCUUAGACGAUUUAAUUAGUAUAGAACGAAAUGAAACUGUUGAUGCUAGAAUUGAAAUAUUUAAUAAAUGGGAUCCUGAUUGUAAUCAUUAUAAUGUUAGUGAAAAUAAUGAAAAUAAUGAAAAUAUGUCUCCUUUUGAAAAAGAGUAUAUAAAAUUAACUACUACAAAUAAGAUAAAUUUAGAAUGUAUAGAUGUAUUAUUAGUAAAUGGGUACAUAACUAAUGAACUUGAAUUAUUUAAAAAAUAUUUUUCAACAUUAAUGAAUCUAACAAAAAAAUAUCCACAUUUGAUUUUAUGUUUUAGUAAUAAUUUUGGUUGUGAUAAUUAUUUAUAUAUGUUUGAUGGAUUUUCAUUUAUUGGAAAAAAUGAACAAAUUUUAACAAAAAAUGGAAGGUAUUCAUUUUAUGAGAUUCAAGUUGCAUCUGUUAAGGCAGAAAUUGAGAAAAAACAAGAGGAUCUAAAAACAAAAAUUAAUUUAAAAAAUUAUAAAAACAAAAUUGGAAAACAAAUAUCAUUAUUAUCAAUUAAUAAACAUGGAAAAGAUAAUAAAGAACCCAUUUUUUCAUACAACAAAGAUAUACCUUUAUCUAUAGAAUGUUCUAAAGAUACGUUAUCGAAAAACCUUCCCGAUAUUUUUAACAUAAAUAAGUACUCAAAAAAUAAUAAAAAUUUAGCAGAAUUGUUUAGUAGCCACCAUUGUGAUAAUAGCACAGAACAUGGCGCAGAAUCUCGCUCUUAUUAUAUUUUCAACGGGCAAGUAGAAAGAUUACACAAUAUUUAUGAAGAACUAAGUUUCAACUGUUCUAUGUUUUUAUGGCAUAUUUUACAUUUAUCAAAAGCAAAAGGUUUUACUUUAGCAUUAUCAGGAGGAAUUGAUUCAGCCUUUUGUGCAUGUAUGGUAUAUGUGCUAGCAACCAUGUUGGAAAUACAGAUGAAAGAAAUGAAUGAACUUAUUGAAAAUGAAAAAAAUAAUAAAGAUGAAAAAAAAGGAAUAGAAAAUGAUGAUAUAAAUAAAAAAAUAUUUUCAAAUAAAUUAAAAAAUGUUUUAAUAAAUAAAGCAUGUAAAAAAGAUAUUUGUAACAAAUUAUUAAAUACAUUAUCAAUGCCAUCAAAAAAUAAUAGUCAAGAGACAAAAUAUUUUUGUGAAGAAUUAAGUAAAGCUAUAAAUUCUUAUCAUAAUAUUUAUAAUAUAGAUGAUAUAUAUAUUUUUUUUAAAAAUGUUGGAGAAAAUUUUUUAAAUGAAAAACUAAAAUUUAAAACUGAAAAUGGAACAAAUUAUCAUGAUUUAUGUUUACAAAAUAUACAAUCAAGAUCAAGAAUGAUUAUGUUAUAUUUUUUUAAUACAUUAAUUUGUCAAAAAAAAUAUGCACAAUAUAAUAUGUAUAACGAAUUUUUAAUAACAUUAGCUACUGGAAAUUUAGAUGAAUCUAUAAUGGGUUAUUUUACAAAAUAUGAUUGUUCAUCUGGUGAUAUUGAUAUUAUUGGAAAUGUCAGUAAAAUAUUAAUAAAAGAAACUAUGUGUUAUAUAGCUAAUAGUCCUGUUUUUGAUCUUCAAAUUUUAAAUAAAAUAAAUUCAUAUUCUCCAAGUGCAGAAUUAAAACCAUUAGAUAAUAAACAAAAUGAUGAAAACGAAUUAAAUUUAAAAUUUGUUGAAAUUAAAUUAUUAACUAUUUUAAAAAAUAAAUUUUCUUUAGGUCCAUCUUCUAUGUAUUAUUAUCUUUCACAAUAUUUUUGGCCAAAUAUGUCUAAAUCAGAUAUAUUUAAUAAAAUUCAAAUAUUUUUCACAAAAAUAUAUAAAAAUAUUCACAAACUUUUUAUUCUUCCACCUUCUUUGCAAAAUGAAUCAUGUGCUAUUAAUAUGAAUAAUUUUUCAAACUUUGCCACAAUCGAUUUUGAUCAAAUCAAACAACGUUAUGAUAUCCCAUUGGAAAACAGCAUUAACCCAUCAAAAACGACCAAAUAA